AUGGCCGGCGAUGACUCUUCCGACUCCAUCAUCGUCAACGUCGACGGAGACGAUAACAAAUCCGCCUUAUUCGGCAAAUACGACCUCGGGAAGCUUCUCGGAAGCGGCGCGUUCGCCAAAGUCUUCCAAGCGGAGGAUCUCCACAACAACCGCGAAAGCGUCGCGAUCAAAAUCGUCCAGAAGAAACGUUUAAAAGACGGACUCACGGCGCACGUCAAGAGAGAAAUCUCCGUCAUGCGCCGUCUCCGUCACCCUCACAUCGUCCUCCUCUCCGAAGUCCUCGCCACCAGGACGAAGAUCUACUUCGUCAUGGAGCUAGCCAAAGGAGGAGAGCUGUUCUCAAGAGUCUCGAGCAACCGUUUCACGGAAGGUCUCAGCCGGAAAUAUUUCCGGCAAUUGAUCUCCGCCGUGAGGUACUGCCACGCGAGGGGGGUUUACCACCGUGAUCUGAAGCCGGAGAAUCUCCUCCUCGACGAGAAUCGAGAUCUGAAGGUCUCUGACUUUGGCCUAAGCGCGAUGAAAGAGCAGAUCAAAGCGGAUGGGAUGUUACAUACUCUUUGUGGUACUCCUGCUUACGUGGCGCCAGAGCUUCUCACGAAGAAAGGAUACGAUGGAUCAAAAGCGGAUAUAUGGUCAUGCGGCGUCGUUUUGUUUCUUCUAAACGCGGGUAACUUGCCGUUUAGAGAUUCAAAUAUCUCCGGAUUGUACAGGAAAAUCCGUACGGCUCAGUACACCAUACCUGAGUGGACUUCUCCCGAGCUACGGAAUCUUCUCCGCCGUUUAUUAGAACCGAAUCCGGAGAAACGGAUAACCGUCGAGGAGAUUCUCAACGAUCCGUGGUUUAACCACGGAGUAGAUCCGAGCGAAGUCGUUGGGAUACAAAUUGAUGAUUACGAUCUCGAAGAAAGCGGGAAGGAGCUAAACGCGUUUGAGUUAAUCGCGUCUGCGUCGACGGCGAAUCUUACAGGUUUGUUCGGGAACUUCGUGACGCCGGAUCAUUGCGAUCAGUUUGUAUCUGAUGAGAGUCCGGCGGAGAUUAUGGGGAAGGUGGUGGCGGUUGCGAAUCAGUUGAAUCUGAGGAUUGCGAAGAAGAAGGAGAGAGCGGUGAAGCUGGAAGGUUCACAGGGAGUGGCUAACAUCGUGGUUAAGAUUCGCAGGUUGACGGAUGAGUUGGUGAUAGUGGAGAUGAAGAACAAGCAGAGAGAUGUGGGCUUGGCUUGGGCCGAUGAGCUCAGAAGAAAGCUACGUCGUAUUAUUAACCAACCGGUUCAUAGGGGUCCGUGAAAUUUUAAACCAGAACGAAUUUACUCGGAAUUUUCAAAUGAACAAAUAUAACCGGUUUUAAUGAGGAUUCGAG